AUGUCCCCUCCAUUGGACCGCAAUGACGACAUCUAUCGCGGCGAUGUCCCCCAUGCACCCGCACCUACCAUUGCGGAGUCGGUGGCACCUGCAUCCUCUACUUCGUCAUCCGGAACCUUCAUCACGGGUCGCUUGGGAGCUCUUGCUGCCGUGGUAGAACAUGCAAUUACCCGUUGGGCUCGGAGACGAAGUUCUUCAGCUUCAAUUUCGUCACCAUCCUCUAGCUCUACAUCUUUUCGCUCUUCUAUUUAUGCGCCUUCUCGUCCUCGCCAAACUCGUCGGCGUCAGAGACGAACAAGCUCCGCUAACAUGCGUUCCACACAUUCCGAACGUGAAGUAGCCGCUCGUCUCAGGGUCAGGCAGAAGAUUAGACGCGUCGAUAGAGGGUUUACCCUAUACCUACCCCCGAGUUUGAGUCCCGAGAUCGCCGUGACUCGCCUGUCGGAGUCUUUGAAUCGACCGCAGCAGCCGGUCUCUCGAACAACCUCCCUACCUGUUGCUCUCAACUGGUUGGAGGCUGCACUGAAGAAUGCAUCAAGGGGAAAGAAGAGCAAAGGGAAACAACGUCAACUCAGCCUCGGCACACCUCCGCCCUCUUUGCAUCAUCACUAUAUGUCUGACAGCGUGCCCAGUCGAUCUGCGUCUUUCGGGGACCUUUCCACCACCUUACAGUCUUCCGUUCAAGGGAAGCGGAAAGAGUAUUUCCCAAGAAAUCGGACGCCCCAUGAUCCGACUCCCGGAGGCUCGCACGAGUUUAAUCGGGCCCCCAAAGCUUGGUGGCUUGACGUCGCCAGUCCAACUUGGGAUGACUUACAAACAAUUGGCAAGCUCCUGCAUAUCCAUCCUCUCACACUUGAGGAUAUUCUCCAGCAAGAUCCGCGCGAAAAGAUGGAGCUCUUUCCAAAACUUGGUUAUUAUUUUAUUUCAUUCCGAGCUAUACAGAAUGCAGCCGUCACGCAGUCGGUUUAUCAGGGUGUUUCGAGUGAUGGCGAUAUUUAUCGGGCUGAUGAUGGUUCUUUAAGAGAGGCUAAUAUAUACUUGGUGGUAUUCAAGGAAGGUAUUUGCACGUUUUAUUUCACCGAUGUAUCAGAACACAUGGAGAAAGUCAGAAAUAGAGUCCAACUUCUUCAGGACAGCUUCAAUAUGUCAUCAGACUGGAUUGCUCAUGGCAUAUUGGACUCUGUCGUUGAUUCAUUCUUUCCGUUCCUGAAGAAGAUCGAGCAACAAGUUCUAACCGUAGAAGCUCUCGUAUUUUCGAGCGACGACGCCUCCCACACUUCGUCGACAAACACUCUUGUUGAUCUCAAUCGUAUACCCACGGAUGACCUAUGUGAUCUCAAAAAAUGGGAGAAACUGCUCCCAGGCUGGAAUCAUAGCUUUCAUCUUCCCCGAUUCACCAUGCCACUAUUCUUGCGACAUUUGAAGCGCAAUCUUCAAGAUCUAACACGAGCGACGACAACAAACACACUACUGCGCAUGGCCAGGGCGAGAAGACUUGUUACGUCCUUGACUCGUCUUCUUGCCACGAAGUCGGAGGUGAUAUCGCAAAUCCGCAAGCGCUUUUUGAUCGGUGGACGACAGACAGCCUCUCCUCAAGGGAACGAGGACCUUGAAAUCGCCAUAUACAUGGGGGAUGUUCAAGAUCAUAUCUUGACUUUGCAGCAAUCCCUUCAUCAUUACGAGCAUAUGCUCAGCGAGUCUCACCCAGCAUAUCUGACUCAACUGCGAAUUCGUGUCGCUAAGACCAAAGAAUACACUGAUAAGGCCAUUUUGACGGUGUCUCUGGUUAGUUUUGGGGUUUUGUGCAUUCAACUCCCGAUCGGAUUAUUUUCACUAAACAUCAAGAUUCCGAAGAAUAGCAUCCACCCUCCGGGCCCAUUCAAUUACUUCGCCAUGGUCAUACUUUUGUUGUUGGGAAUUGAGGCUGUAUUUCUUGCUACCGUACGGCACUGGUGGAAUCAAGCGAAACGUACCCGAUCAAAGCUUUCAUAA